AUGAGCAUAGUGCGCCAUCAAGGCCCCACCUGCAUACCCACCCAACAGCCGCUGCGACACGUUCACAUGAGCAAGGCAAGUGCGUCGCCCACCGCGGACGACCAAGAGGGUGUUAGCCAGGGCGACGGCGACGACAAACACGGUUGCCUACCGCAACCGCAGCAGCAGCAGCCUCACCGACGUGAUGUUUCAUUCCUUAUGUACGACAACCAGGCACUGCAGCAGCACAUGCAGAGCCGAACAGGAGGGGCGUUGACCGUGAGCCCACCAAGCCCCAGAGACGUCGGUCUUGAGCCGCCUGUACGGCCCCGCCUGUCUCCCUUCAGCACCCCGACAUAUUCCGUGACGACGCGCACCCUGGAAGACCUGCAGGGGUGGCGCCGCAGCGCUGGCGGCAGAGGUGGCGGUCGCACGCGCGGAACGCUUGGCGCAGCGGACGGCGGCAGCAGAAGUCGCGGAACAGGCUCGCUCGUUUCCGCGGCAUCGCAACUCGCCACGCAUGCGCGGUGCGGCAGCAGUGGCGCGUUGGAGGCAGCGGCGCUCCCCCAGAACCAACCACCGCGCCAUCGCCUAGGCACGCACUCGCGGUACGGCAGCGUCGGUCUUGCCCCGCCGACCUCGCCAUCCACAGCGAAGAGCAGCACGCAGAGGUUGCCAGCCGAGACGGCGCGGGAUGGCAACGCCAGUAUGCCUGUCACCGUGGGUUUUAACGAGCACCUCCCAGCUGAAGCGGCGCAGCGCGCACCCGUGCAUGUCAACGCUAGCCCCAUCACCACCACCACAUCGCCGAUCACCGCUGGGGCCGGGAUGGAGAGAAGCACUCAGCGCGUCUGUCGAACGCAGCGGAGCAACCCGGUGGGGUUGACGGCAAGUGCACAGGCCUGGCACUGGGGUGCGGCGCCAGUGGCUGCGGUGGCCUUCCAGCAACAGCAGCAGAAGGGUCGCGGCCGUCAGCGCCGCGCCGUCGCCGCUUCGAGCGAGGGGACGCUCGGCCGCCGGCGUGGCGGCAACGUGCCGGCGCCGCUCUUCUCCAAUGUUCCGACGACGGCGGCAAUGGGUGCGGCGGUGGCGGCCUGGGCACAUAAAUCAGCGUUGAACCCGAGCAUGUCCGUGAGCAGUCCAACGACCAAGGUGCCGCUGCGGCGCACUCCGCCGACGUCUUCUACCUCUGGCCGCGCGGCCGUCUUUCCAUCCCCACACGCGACGCCGAUGUCCAGCGGUGGAGACAGCUUGCCAGGCGCUGAGUCUCCUGCAGCACUGGAGUCCUCACCGACGCAGCUCCUGAGUGGCAGAGGCACGCUCACCACUCAUACUCCAACGACGGAGCUGAAGCGAGUUCUCUCGCAUACCGAGGCAGCGCCCAUGUCGCUCACGAGCAAGGUGUCUGGCGAGGACGCGCAGGCUCCGUCCGAGGCGACCACGGUAGAGGCACCAUUCUCCACUUGCGCGCCUGCACCAUCAGCAUCAGUGUCGGCAGGUGCCGCGGCCCCUGCCACCUCUUACGAUGCGGCACCCCACCUUGGUGUGCCACACACUUUCGCCACGCUGGAUCCUACGGGCACGGCCCGCUUCCGGCCAGUGACCGGCGGCACUGCCGCUGAAGGCGCAGAGGCGGAGGAUGACAUCGUGGCGGCUGCUGCAGCAGGUCAGCAGCACUUGUUGGCGACGGACCAGCGAAAGCACAGUGACGACAGUCGCGGCGAUCUUCCACGCGUCAUGAGUUUUGCGUCCGGGGAGGAAGGCAGCAUAUACAGCCUCGUCGACUCACGUCAGACGUCCGAACACGCAUGCGCGCUCCCGGCCUCCGCCACCGACGAGAACGUGGUGGAGGCCGCCGCCGCCGCCGGGGCAGCAACAGCAGGCACGGCGAGGGCCUUCACCGGGACGGAGGCGCGCACGACCCUCUAUCGGCAGGGUGUCGACGAUGCACACAUACGGAAGGCACCCCAGUCCCUCAACAUUGGUCGAGCGACGGCCUUCGGUGGCGCCUCUUCGCAGUCCCGUGCGGCAGGCGACGACGCCGCCAGCGGUAUCCCAUUCCGCAGCGAAGCAGCCGGUGCCCAUGUGCUUGGUGACCGUCGCCGUCGUGUUGGCCGAGGCGGCGCCACCGGUGGUGCGGUUGCUUCCGACUCACUGGAGGAAGAAGCUCUCCUGCGACAUGGAUUGGAAACCGGCGGUAACGCUGGUAUCGGGUCGGUGAAUCGCGCAGCGAUGCUGAAGCGCUCGCUCACUGCGCCGUCGUGCGUGACCGGCAUGAGUUCGGCGACGGCGUCGGGCGGGCUGCUUGGCAGUGGCACGGCCGCAGCGGAGACGUGGCCGAAACAGCAGCACGCGAACAAUUCCGGUGUGCUGGGCGUUACCGCCGCUCUGGGCCAGCGCACUACCAGCGUCGCCAGCAACUCUUUCUGGAGCUCAAGCAGCGUCAACAUGAACGCCAUCAGCAACAACAGCAUCGCCGGCAUCGCGGGCGGGGUGUCAGCUAUCAACGUUGGUGCAGGAGGCUUGGGCAGCCUCGUCAACUCCUCUACUCUCUUCUCUGGCAGCUCCUUCACCACGGUAGCCGGCGCCUCCACGCUGCGCGAUCCCUUCGCCGCGUCCGUCGUCAUGCAGCAGAACAGGUCCGCGCUGAUCGCUGAGCUCAAGCGGCGGCGACAUCGGCUGCACAAGCAGCUGGAACUGUUGCAGAAGGAGGCGACGGCGCGCAACAUCUUCGCCCUCGUCCGCGCCAGCAACGCCUCGCAACUGCAGUACCUCCUGCAGGAGGGGCUAUGCAACGUGAACGACCGCGACUACAACGGCUGCACCCCGCUGCACGUGGCGGCCGGAGAGGGCAAUCAAGCCAUUGUGCGCGUGCUCCUCUCCUUCGGCGCCGAUGUCGUGGCUGUCGACAAUAACGGCCGCACGCCACUCGACUGCGCCGCGGCGAACCGCCACAGCGGCGUCGCCCGCUAUCUGCUCACUGUAAUCCGCAGCAAGCACCUUAUCCAGGACGGCGGUGACGGUGCUGUCACCGGCAGCGGAGGUGACGAUGGCUCACCUGCGACCGUGCGCAGCGCCAAACGGGCCGCAGAUGAAGGCUCUGCUGACAUGAGCACGUACCCGAGCUCGUCCACCUCGCCCAUCGACCACUCCUCGACGCGACGGCGCAACUUGGACAGUGCCGGAGGCGUCCUGCCGCUCGGCAACUCGCCGGCAAUCUCCCUCACGCCGUGCGCCGGCACCGCUACACAGAUAGACACUUCCGCGCAGUACCAAUCUGCAUCGUCGGGGUCGUCGCUCAUGCAGUCGCCGAGGCUGCCGCCACCUCUCUCCCGGCAACCGCAGCAGCUGCGGCACCCCGUCUCGUCGUCCUUGGUAGCCUCCACACCGUCGCCCUCCAGGCCCUCAAACUUGAACAGGUAUCCUGCCAAGGUCACCGCCUCCGUCGCCACAAUGGACGCCGAGAGUUGGUGCGACAGCGAUGUGCCGCCGCACGCGGUGGGAUGGGGUAUCCACUCUGCCCUUGCAGAAGCGGCCGCCGCCUGUUCGGCGCCGAACCAAGCAUCUGCGGCUGCUGACACAACGGCCGCCAGCGACCCUGCGUCGCGAUCGUUGCCGCAGCGCCUCGCGUCACAGCACGGAGCAACGGCGAUGGCGAAUUCAGCGGGUGAUUACAGCACUCUGACGACACACGAGCGCGUGGCGUCCAUGUCGACCCCGCGAUGGCGGCACAACAGCAUCCCGCACGGCAGCUCCCCGCAGAGGCCUGUGUUCCUGUCUUCGCUAGACUCGACAGCGGCCGCGCACUCUCGCGGUCUCAUCGCGGCGGAGUCGAACGCGGGCGCCGCCACAACGGCGCCCUCCUCGCCGCCCUUCAGCAGCCGAAGUCACGAGAGCACGGUGCCGCUGCCCAUCACGCUCGGCAUCAACGGCCCCGCCACCAGCUUUGGUAGCGGUAGCGCCAGCGUGGGCGGACAUCUCCUCGAGCGGCACGUCAUGUCGGCGCCGACGUACCUGGCAGGUGCGAUGGAAGAGUGCGGUGGCGAAGGCACAGGCCAGGCGGUGAUGCAGCAACCGCUAUCACGCACGCGCUCCAGCGCGUCCCUCAUCACGACUGCCGCCGCCACCGCCGCGGGUGCGAUGGCUGGCUGGCACGACAGUGAUGAGCCGCUCGCGGACACGAAUGCCGAGGGCAUCUUCGAUGCCUUCCUUGGCCGGCGCGGUUACUGCAGCACGCAUCGCCGUCGCAUGCAGAGCGAGAGCGGCAGCAGCCCCCAUGGCGCCUUCGCUUCCGCGUCGUCGGACUGGUUGCGGAGUGGCAGUCCACCCAUACUCUCCGCGGGGGACGACAAGCAGCAGCGCAGCCGAAACGACUACAACUUCAACGCAACAGGAAGCUUUCCUGGCGAGGUGCCCAGCAAACUCUAUCCUCCGCCAGCGCCGACGGCGGCGGCCGGCGCGGCGACCACGGCAGCUGCCACCCCAGCAACUUCGGCAGCAGCGUCCGGCGGUGGUGCGCAGCAGCGGCAGAUACUCCUGCGUCCGCCGCGGCGUCCAGACAGCCGCUCCCCAGCGACCGAGUGGGGAGGCGCCACAACGACCGCGGAUGCGGUCGCCUGCCCCAUGCGCAUCCUGCACCCCUUGCAACUUCUUGGCGUUGACUCGCACGAGGAGUUGAGCAGCUAUCACGCCCGCACCGCCACAUCGGUGACCUCAUCGACGACCGCGGCGACGGCCGCCUCCGGGGGCGGCUCGCCGCGCCUGCGCCACGCGGCGAGCAGCAGCCUUUGCGACAUGGGUCAGCAGUCGCUUGAAGAGCACCACCACCACUACCGCUUGACCGCGUUCGGCGCGCUGGGCAACCAGCAGCAGCUGAAAGGCAAGUACUCCUGUGACAGGCACUCGACGCGGCCGCCGCUGCUUCAAGCGCCGCGUGCCAUGUCCAACCCGACCAAGAUGGAGGCCGCUGUGGCUGGGCCUGCCUCACCAAGCGGCGGCGGCGGCGAUGGCGGCAGCAGCAGCAACAGCAGCGCCAUCACGAAGAACGGUAACAGCGAUGUAACGCCAUUAUUCUCUGUCCCCGCCGUAGCGGCCCCGUCUUCGUCGCGCAACACCACUGCCGGCCCUUCCGAGACUACCAAAACCCUGGUAGCAGCACCAGCGGCGGCACCGGCUGCGGCGCCAACGGCCGGUAGCCACAUAGCCGAGGAGCAACCCUUCCUGCAGGAGAUGCACCACGAGCCGGUGGAGUUGGCCGCGCUGCACCACUCGAGCUACACCACGAUCAGCGACACGGUCUCGGUCAUUGUGUGCAUGGUGGGGCUGCCAGGGCGAGGCAAGAGCUUCAUCAGCAAACGGCUCGUGCGCUACAUGAACUGGAAAGGUGUGCCGUGCAAGGUGUUCAACGCCGGCAACUACCGGCGGCAGCUGCUCGGGGUCGAGGCCACCGCUGGCGCGGACUUCUUCAACCCAGACAACCCGCAAGGGGCGCAGCUGCGGGAGCGCAUGGCGGAGCUGGCCUGCGAAGAUCUCGUCAACUUCAUUGCCUCCCACUCGCUCGCCGUCGGUAUCCUCGACGCAACGAACACGACGCGCAAGCGACGGGCGUGGCUGUCGGACUACUUCCAGAAAGAGGCACAGCAGUAUGCGGUGCCGUACCGGCUUCUCUUCAUCGAAUCCGUGUGCACCGACGACACCAUCGUCACGGAGAACAUCUUGCGCAGCAAGUGCGGCAACGAUGACUUCAGGAACCUCAGGGACGUCAACGCCGUCAUCUCCGAGUUCCGCAACCGCAUCUUGCAGUAUGAGAAGGUUUACGAGACGCUAGAACCGGAGGAGCGGAUGCCGUACAUCAAGAUCGUCAACGUCAAGCGCCACGUCAUCCUGCACCGCGUGCCGAACGGAUUGGGCAGUCGCAUCGCCUUCUUCCUCCUAAAUCUUCACCCCAUCGCCUUCCCGAUUUACGUGGCACUGCCCGGCGAGACCGUCGGUGACAGCAAGCACGUCUACGGCGGCGACGAGCGGCUGACGGCCCAAGGAGAGGCCUACGCACUGGCUCUGAAGCACUUCAUUCAAGAUCGAUACGUUCCGCACAUGGUGGUGCUGCACGCCACCAAUUACUGCGUGCUGAGCACGCUGGCACCGCUGAUGGAGGGCGCCACGCAGGAAGAAGACGCCUCUGCACUGCAGGUGUCCAGCAGCGCGAACCAGCGCAGCGCGCCAGCGGGACAGCAAUGUGCGGCGAAGGCGACCCUCGCGCCAGCCGAUGCGGUCGCGACUACCGGCGGUGAACCGUCAACGCCGAACGCAUCGAGCGAGGCGCCGCAGGAUCUGCAGCAGCACGACGAGGGCGUCGCGGAGGAGCAGUCCAUGCACGAGGACGACAGCGACCAGGUAGAUGCGGACGAGGAGGACGUAGGCGAUGAGGUGCUCUGCGCGGUGCCGGGACUCGACAACAUCAACUUCGGGCGCUUCAGCGGGCACACGGCCGCAUGGGUCAAGGAAAAAUACCCUCGCCUGUCUGCACUCCUGUACGACGUGGACGACGACGAUGUGGUCGGCGACGCGAGGGCCGGGGCAGCAGCAGCAGGGCAGCAGCACCAGUCACGCAAGGGCAGCGGUGAAGCGGACGCGACUACAUCGUCGGCGCCAGUCAGAAGUGACACAGCCGCGGAGUGGUUCUCGGCCCCCCUGCCGCCGCGGGUACACUAUGCCACGCAUGAGGAGGCCGUCUCGCACCUGCAGCGCACCCUGAGCGGUGCUGACCCGCGCCUAUCCUACUGCACCCAGCUACCGAAUGGUGAGAGCUGCCGGCAGGUCAACGUCCGCCUGGAGCCGGCGCUGAUGGCCGUCAUGCGCACGCAGUCCCCCGUGUUCGUCGUCGCGCCGGCCGUGCCAGCGCAGGGUAUCUUGUCCUUCUUCAUGGACGUCAUCCCUGAGCAGUCGCCGACCAUCCGUAUCCCGAAAGGGUGCGUGAUCGAGAUCGGCGUCAAGGACGGUAUCACCGUGCACCCGCUGCUAGCGAACGCGCUGCCGGAGAGGAUGACACGCUCCCCGCUAACGGUGCUGCCGGAGAUCCAGAACGCCAUUCGUGAGGUGGCCGCUGCCAGCUCCAUGGAGAUGUGCGCAGCGAGAACGUGUGCGGAGGUGAGUGCCUCGACACAGGCUGGCGGUUGCACUGUUGUGGGUGAUGGUGGCGCUGCUGCGCUCCUCAGUGCGGUCGCUGCCGGCGGCGAAGCAGGGGGGAGCGUGAAGGGUGAUGCGUGCCCGGUGAGCGCCAGCGCCUCUUGA